AUGGAAAAUUACACACAGCCCUCUACUGACUUCAUCCUCCUGGGCCUCUUCUCCCCAUCAAGGACUGGCCUUGUUCUCUUCACUCUCACCAUCGCCCUUUUCCUGAUGGCGCUGGCUGGCAACCUGUGCAUGGUCCUGCUCAUCCUCCUGGACGCCCACCUCCACACACCCAUGUACCUCCUGCUCAGCCAGCUCUCCCUCAUGGACCUCAUUUACGUCUGCACCACUGUGCCCAAGAUGGCAUCCGGGUUCCUAUCUGGGAACAAGUCUAUCUCGUUCAUUGGCUGUUAUAUUCAGAGUUUUUUCUUCUCAAAUUUAGCAAGUGCAGAAGCACUGAUUCUGAUGUCCAUGGCCUAUGACCGUUACGUAGCUAUCUGCUUUCCUCUGCACUACUCCAUCCGCAUGAACAAUAGGACAUGUCUCCUGAUGAUUGUGGGAUCGCUGACAGUGGGUGUUGUCAAUGGCUGUGCCCACACAUCGUAUGUCUUUCACCUUCCAUUUUGUGAGCACAGAGUUAUCAAUCAUUUCUUCUGUAAUGUCCCUGCCAUGUUGACACUAACCUGCAUAGAUACCAGGAUUUAUGAGUACAUCUUAACUUUAAGUGCCAGUCUAAUUCUCCUGAUUCCUUUCCUGGGUAUCCUUUUGUCCUAUGGUCUGGUCCUACUUGCUGUCUACCGCAUGCGCUCCCGGGAGGGCAGGAAGAAGGCCUACUCAACCUGCAGCACCCACCUCACUGUGGUGACUUUCUACUAUGCCCCGUUUGCUUAUACUUACCUCCGCCCAAAGUCUCUCCGAUCUCCAGCAGAGGACAAGGUCCUGGCUGUCUUCUAUUCUAUCCUGACACCAAUGCUCAACCCUCUCAUCUACAGCCUGAGGAACAAGGAGGUGACGGGGGCUCUGGGGCGAGUGAGUCAGAGGAUCUGUGCUGUGAAGAUGUAG